AUGUUCUACAAUAGUGUACGUAUGCCAGCAAAAGAAGAUCCAUUGAGAUACUGUACUGAGUCUUUCCAAGGACCUAAGUCAAACCGCCAAGAUUCACAGGAAGAGGAAGAAGAUGAUGAUGACAAUUUUUUCGACGGUGUCUUCAAUCUGUUAUCAUCUGAGCACAAACAGCUUACAGGAGCUAUAUCAACCAAUGCACCAGCAAAAUUGUCACUGAACAACUUGCGAAAGGCUGGAGCCAGGGGAUGUGGAUUUAACAACCUACCUUCUAUUGCUGAGUGUACUCCUUCAUUAAGUGAUUCAGCAGAAGAACAAGAAAGAACAAAUCUCUACAGAAGAAGAAGCGAGAUUCCCACCCAAUUCAUUUCAGCGGGGGCAUCACCACAAGGUAAUUCUACUACAACAGCUGCUGCUGGUUCCAAUGAUAUGACAGUACGGGACAAGCCAACUCCCUUCCAGCUCAUGGAGCUUACCUACCGUAAUACCAGACGAAGGCUGCAACUAGCUGAACAAACAGCAGAAGAAGCAAGAUCGCUUGAGAGCUAUGUGGAAGCCGAUGGUACAUGUUUGUCCAUUAUUGAAUGGUCGCACCGACCUGAUCUGAACUUAGACAAAGAACAGCAGCUUGCUUUUCAGAUUGUUACAGCAGCAUUUAUGCUCACAUACUAUCAAGAUGCAGAAAGUCUUGAUCCAUCUGUGUACAGAACUUGCUCUGACAAUCCAAGCCAAAUCAGACGUGACUUCAGAAAUGAAAAGGGCAAACUCCAAAGAAUGUCUAGACUACGUCACAACCAGUUGAUUAUGUAUCUUGAUGGUGCAGGUGGGGCAGGGAAAAGUCGUGUUGUUCAAGAGCUCUUAAAAUAUGCCCAAGAGUUCACCGCACGAUUGGGUUUACAAUUUGACAUGCGCACUAUUGUUGUCAGUGCCAUGUCAGGGGUUGCAGCUGUUUCAAUAGGAGGGGAAACAACUCAUUCCGUGGCAGCAUUCUUCAGAAACAUUGACGAGAAAGAUACCACUUGGGCCAAUGCUCGAUUGCUGAUCAUUGACGAAGUCUCUUUUAUGUCCACAGCAGAGGUGGAUCUGUUGGACGAAAAGCUGAGAUGUCUCAUGAGAAAGUACAAUGCUCUUUUUGGUGAGAUUCAUAUUCUCUUCUGUGGAGACUUCAGAUUUAGAGAAGAUCCAGAAUGGGGGUGCAUUUUGUCCAGGUUGCGAAAUGAUACAUAUACACAGCAUGAUAUCGAUGCUGUCAACCAAUGCUGUAUCAAAGUCAAACCGAGAGCAAUUCCUGGAAAUGCAUCAUAUUGUGUGUAUGGCAAUGCUGAUCGAACCGCCAUCAAUGAUGCCGGUGUCUUCUCUAAUGUCUUGAAAGCACAUUGGCAAACAUGUCAAAGUCUCCCGAACCAUAUUGUUGCAAUUACAGCUGGAAACAUGGUCCGUGUUAACAAGGCAAAAAAAAAGAUACCGAUGGAAGAAACUGACAAGCAUUACAUCUUUGAGCACUGCGGAGAUCAUCGUAUCAGAGCCAAAAUACGGGGUCGUAGAGGGGGGCACUUUAUUGACCCAAUGUUGAAGCUCUACUAUCAUAUUCCUUUGAUGCUGGUUUCAAAUGAUGAUGUGCCUAAUGGGCAUGCUAACGGGACCCGGGUUCUGUUGGAAGCUGUAGUCACAAAACCCAAUGUCACAGCCUCGACAAUCAUUAUUGAUGGAUAUGAAUGCCCAGCUCUGGAUGCAUCCAAUGUUGAUUAUCUUGUUUGCAGUUCUGAAGAGGAUCCACAGAAAAUUUUCAAGAUCCAUCCAAAAACUCUGCAAUGCUCUAUCCAGGCUCCCAUUCCGAAGGCAAUUGCUGGCCAUGUACAAGCUACAAUCAAUUUGACUGCCAGUCUGCUCCAAUUUCCUAUCAUCACCAACAGAGCAACAACUGGCCACAAGCUACAGGGCCAAAACAAACACAACCUAGUUGUUGCAGUGUGGUCGAAAAGAAAAAACUGGAACUACGUUGCCUUAUCUAGAGUUCGCACUAGACAAGGCCUCUAUUUGCUGCAAAAACUACAGCACGAUGCUGAUUUUUCAAUGUCACACGACUUGAGAGAAAUGCGAAGGAGACUGUCAAGGCUGACUCCUGCUGUUUUGGAGUGGGAUUUAGAAGAAGAAAGGAGAAUGCGUGACAUAAGAAGGAGGCAUGCUUCCAAUAGAGCUGCUGCAACAUAG